CUUUUCUCUCCCUCUCCCUCUCUCUGCUCAUUUCACCCACUCUUCCCAACACAAGGCAGAAACAUGGCCGCUACCCCCACCAGCCGUGUGAUCGUGUACGGAGGGAAAGGAGCUCUGGGCUCGGCGUGUGUUCACUAUUUUAAGUCUAAAGGCUGGUGGGUCGCCAGCGUUGACAUCGUGGCGAAUGAAGAAGCAAACGCGAACGUCCUGGUUAAAAUCUGCGAGUCUUUCACCGAACAAGCCGAGCAGGUGACAUCAGAUGUGGCCCGGUUGCUGGGGGACCAGAAGGUUGAUGCCAUUUUGUGCAUGGCUGGAGGAUGGGCUGGAGGAAACUGUGGUUCAAAAGACCUCUAUAAGAACUCUGAUUUGAUGUGGAAACAGAGCGUGUGGACCUCCACCAUCUCCAGCCACCUGGCCUCCCAUCAUCUGAAAACAGGUGGCCUGCUCACCCUGGCUGGAGCCAAAGCUUCACUAUCUGGAACUCCAGGUAUGGUGGGCUAUGGCAUGGCCAAGGCUGCAGUGCAUCAGCUGUGUCAGAGUCUGUCUGGCGAGAACAGCGGGCUUCCUGCUGGAGCCGUGGCUGUGGCCAUCCUUCCGGUUACCUUGGAUACGCCAAUGAACAGGAAAUUCAUGCCUGACGCAGACUUCAGCAGCUGGACACCACUGGAGUACAUAGCAGAAACCUUCCACAGCUGGGCCACUGGGUCAGGGCGGCCAGCUUCAGGCAGUCUGAUCCAGCUGGUGACGACAGGAGGAAAGACAGAGGCCAUACCGGUUCAGUAAAGAUACAGAGCGAAGGAGAGGAUGAGAAAAGAAGGUUCUGAAAAAGGCAAACAUUUACCGUUAUAUUUCACUGCUGAACAGAAAGAUCAGAAAGAUAAAGGCGAGAAGGGCAAACCGAUGUGAAGCAAGAUGAGAUAUUUUAUCCAUUCGGCCUUACAGUGUUUGAACACAGCGCCCCGUACUGGUAAACCUAUUCAUGUCUGUGUCAUAAGGCCUACACACUUUACAUGUUAAUAAAUUAAUCUGGACGUUAAAAUUACAUUUCAUGCAGACCAAAUAAGAUUCUUCAGAUGUUCGAAAAUUAAAUGUUAUUUUUUUCGGCCUCAUUUGAUUUGAACUCUCAACAUCAAUUUACGUGACCAAUCACAGUUGCCUCUGGUGUUGACAUGGCAACAACCAAGAUGACCCAUGGCAUGUGUAAAAGCAGCUACAACUUUUCAACAAACGUUAACUGUCUGAAAAAGUUUCAGUAAGUAUUGACUUAAAUCUUCAGUAUUUAUUGAUAACUAGAGAAGGUAAAUGCUUAUGGAAUCAUUUCAAAGUUACACACUUCAAAAGGAAGGUUCUUUAAGGGUUCUUUUGUAUAGGCAAUACAUGCUUAAAUGGUUCUUUGCAUGGUGAAAUGGUUCUUCUGGAUGAUGUAGAAUGUGUUGUUUAUGGUUCUGUAUUAAAACUCUUUUUAAAUGGUUCUAUAUAGCACCAGAAAAGGUUCUCAUAUUGUUACAAGCUUUGUUACAAACAUCGUAACAAUAGCAGAACCCUUUUUGGUGGUGUAUAUAGACCUAUACAUGACACAUUUGCCAUCAAUCCAAAGAACCAGUUCACCAUGUAAAGAUCCAUAUAAGCAUGUACAUGACUGUAUGUAGAUCUCAUGGUUCUAAUUACAAAUACAAAUACAAAUUACAAAUGACAAAUAAACGUGAAGCUUGAAACUUACCUUUAGAAUUGCCUUUACUAAAGAACUCUUGAAGAACCAUCUUUUUAAAUGUGUAUAAUUUUAUGUUUAAAUUUUGCAUCAGCUGGAACUCUAAAUUAAGGUCUAAAACUCAAUUUAAAAUAAUGGAUUUUUUCACUUGCAACUCAAAUAUUUCCCUGAGGAGGUUUAAACAGCUUAAAAUAAAAUAAAACUUAAGGUCAAAAUUUGUUUGUUUUAGGCAGCUCCUGACUGAAGGUGCGAAACCGAUGGCCCAUUUUUUUUGCCUUUUUUUGAGGAGAAAAUGUUUUUUCGUCACUUGAAGCUCAUUUUUUUCAGUUUAUCAUGUUCAGUGUGUAAUGGCCUUUCUUUUUAAUCAGUUAAUCAUUAUUGUAGGUUAAUAUUAAGACACACAAGCUGGGUUGUUGCUUGAAAAUGGAUUUUGAUGGCUCUUGAAAUUGCCUUACCUUCUCAUGAUUAGACGACCCCACUGUAGAGCAGUUAUGCUGAUUCUAAUUGACCUGUCUGAGCCCCGCCCACAAACAAGCUCUGUCACCGGUACUGUUGCGAGGUUGAACUUUACAGAAUCCCAUUCAGCCCAAUGACAAACUGUAGCUCACUACAGCUACAGCGUUUGUUGAAGUAUCUACAUUUAGAGUGUGUUAUUGUUCUCAGAUGAUAUUUAUUUUGCAUGCAUGAUGAAUCAGCUAAACAUGUAAUAAAGCUGAAAUUAGCAUGAUGAUAAAUUUGUUAUUGUUCCUUCCAACCUGCCUAGUUCCAAUUAGCUACAGCAGCACAGUCCAGCUCAGUAGCAAAGCAUUUUAAACUGGAAGCUCAACAUUACGUAGCCUCUAAAUAACGUGUGCUACAGUUUCUCAUUAGAUUGGGAUUUUUGUCUGUGUUCUGUAAAUUUAGACCAACUCCACAACAGUAGCUCAGUAGCUUGUGGGCAGAGCAUGGCUUGUUCAAUUUCCAAUAGGUUCUUGCAUCUAGAAUGUAGCUUUAAUAGAGCUGUUUACAGAUAUUAUUUCACACAGAAAACCCUAGAGGAGCAUCAUUGUUGUUUGAAAUGUACAGUACAGCUUUCCGAAGCAGUGGCCUUACUGUUUGUGUGUGUUUCUGUGAGAGUGAAUGAAAAGUUUCGCAGUGUUGUUCAUCACAAUUGUUCCUGUACCUUCUGGCUAUCUGUUCCAGUUCCAUUGAACGUGUAUGACCCGCUCUUAAACAGUAAAACAUUUAUUGCUGUCCACUA